AUGAUGGACAGAAAGUUUGUUCUUAUCACUGGUGGAAGCAGAGGUGAGUGCCUAGCCUUCAAGGUAUCGUUUCGUUUGCUUCAAUUGCUGAUCAAUAUCGUCACACAAGGGAUUGGCAAAAGUCUGCUUUCGACAUAUCUUUCAAGGCCGAACUACACUGCCAUUGCUGCUCUCCGUGAUCCAAACACUUCAUCAUCGAAAGAACUAGAAACUCUCCCUUGUGGAAAAAAUAGUGAGCUUAUUUUGGUAAAACUCGACAGCUCCUCGGAAGAUGAUGCAUGCGCCGCGGUCAAAACCUUCGUGUCCGAGCAUCAUAUACAAAAGCUCGACAUAGUGGUUGCUAAUGCAGGAAUUUCAGCUUAUUUGGGUAAAGCGACCGUUACGCCAGUCCACGAGAUAUUCGAACAUUUCGAGGUCAAUACUGUGACUCCUUUACUGCUAUUUCAAUCUACGAAUUUCCUGCUAAACGCUGCCUCGAUCCCAAAAUUUGUGAUCAUAUCAUCUGGUGCUGGAAGUCUGAGUGGAGUAGAGAAUCUACCAGUGGAGAACACUGCCUAUGGCACAUCAAAGGCUGGCGUCAACUUUGUCAUGAGAAGGAUUCACUAUGAAAAUCCGAAUUUGAUUGCCUUCUCCAUCAAUCUUGGGUGGUUUCAGACAGAUUUGGGCAACCACACUGCCAUAGGAAUUGGAAUGGUUGUAGCUCCUGUCCCUAUCCAAGACGGAGUGAACGGUGUCAUCGAGCAAAUUGGUGUGCCUACCUGA